CCAUCAUCGUCUCCACUCUCUUCACCACUCUCAAAAUGCUUUCUCUAACUGCAACAACUCUCAAAUCGUCACUCUUCACCAGAUCCAAAACCCAUGGAUUCUCCAAUACCCGACCCGUUUACCCGAAACCAUUCACCACCAUGAACGCCGCCUUAAUCCCCGCCUCAAACCGUCAAGCUCCACCGAAACAACAGCUCUAUCAACCAUUCCGUCCACCACCAUCACCGAUUCCUCCAAAAUUCCGAUCACUCGACACCGCCGGAAAAAUCGAAGUCCUCACCGAUCGUCUCGGUCUCUGGUUCGAAUACGCUCCAUUAAUCUCAUCUCUUUACACCGAAGGAUUUACUCCUCCAUCAAUCGAAGAACUCACCGGACUCUCCGGCGUCGAACAGAAUCGUCUCAUCGUCGGUGCUCAGGUUCGUGACUCUUUAGUUCAAUCUGGUGCUAAAUCGGAGCUAAUUGCUGCGUUUGAUAACAAUGGAGCCGAGCGUUUAUACGAGAUUCGACUUUUGAAUAACGCUCAACGAGUAGCUGCUGCUGAAUACAUUGUUGAUCACGAUUUCGACAUGAAAGGAGCUCAAGAUCUUGCGAGAGCGAUUAAGGAUUAUCCUCAUCGUCGUGGAGAUGUUGGAUUUGGAGAUUUUGAUUAUAAUUUGCCUGGAGAUUGUUUGUCUUUUAUGCUUUAUAGGAAAAGUAGAGAACAUAGGAGUCCAUCGGAGGUUCGAACUACAUUGCUCGAACAGGCGCUUGAAACCGCGGUGACAGAGAAAGCGAAAAAGGCGGUAGCGAGAGAGUUACAUGGAGAGAGUGAAGAAGAGAGAGCUAAAGAAGAAGAAAUCAAGAUUAUUCGUGUACCUGUAGUGAGAUUGAGGUUUGGAGAAGUAGCUGGAGCGAGUUCUGUUGUGGUUUUACCUGUUUGUAAAGCAGAGGAAGGAGAAGAGAAGCUUUUCGAAGCUCCAAUGGAGUUUGAAAGUGGAGGAGAGUUUGGUGUUGUGGAAGCUGAGAAAGAUUGGAGUAGAUGGAUUGUAUUACCCGGUUGGGCUCCCGUCGUGGCGGUUACGAAAGGAGGAGUUGCGGUUUCGUUUAGUGAUGAUAGGAAAGUUUUGCCAUGGAAAGGGAAAGGAGAAGGGAUAAUGGUUGUGAUUGAUAGGGAGAAGAAGAUAGUGGAAGCUGAUAAUGGAUACUACUAUCUUGUUUUGGAUGAUGGUGAGAUGAAGUUGGAUAGAGGAUUAGUGUGGAAGGAGAAAGGAGUGAAUGAGAGUUUAGGAAUGGUUGUUUUGGUCGUAAGGCCGCCGCGAGAUGAUGAUGAUGAAUGGCAGAUAAAUGAUGAGGAUUGGGAUUAGAGUUUCAAUUAGAGAAUAGUGUUAGUAACUUCCCAUGAAAGAAAUACUACUACUCAUAUGGUUUUUGGUUUUUGGCAAAUAUGUAAUUCAUAUUGUUUGAUUGCUUAUCAGUUUUAUCACAUCAAUGUUACUUUUAUUGUUGUGUUAAGUUUA